CUAAAACAUGCCUCACAGUUGCACGGGACAACGAUCACCAACCCCAUCUAGAAGGCCAAAAAAAGCAAUUUUGAAUAAAACGGGGGACGGCUUCGGUUUGUUUCUUCAGUUUCAGUCUCUCUAUUUACCAGUUCAUCUUCAAAACUUUACUACUUUUCUCUGCAUCUGCAUCUCAACCUGCAUUGAAGCCCGCCUUUAAUCUCUGAACCCUAAUUGCCAAUCUUAUUCUUUUUUCCUAAUUCAGUUUUCAAUCUGACCCGUCAACCAUGAUCAGAUCCUCGUAGAAUCCGAAUGCUGCUUCCAGGUCAAUUCCCAAUCUUUCGUUCAUAUUGCAGUUGAUCCUUGAUCACAAUGUCUUGGGGAUUGGGCUGGAAGAGACCCUCGGAGAUCUUCCGUCUCACGCUCAACUAUGGCACCGAGGAGCCUGCGGAAAUUCCAGGCCACAACUCGUCCUUAUCUCGUUCGUCGUCUGCUUCUUCACAUUCUUCCUCUUCCUCAACACUCUCGCAGGAACAGGAACUUGGGUUUCGUAUUGACCUGGAUUGGUCUGCAUCAGAGGAUGACGAUCAGGUGGCUUUGAAGCUUCAAUCGCAACUCAUGGUGGCGCUGCCGUUGCCACAAGAUUCCGUGGUGGUUGAAUUGAAGCCUGGUGAUCGUGAAAAUGUGGAUUUGGAUAUGAAGGUGGUGAAGAGACGGGAGCCUCUGAAGGCUAUCACAAUGACCAAGGCUAUUGGCUCUGGGCAACAGAGCGAUGGGACUGGAGUAUUGACACGCUUGAUACGGUCCAAUUUGUCUCCCUUAAUGCCCACGAUUGGAGAGGGGAUUGGAGGUUGCGGUGACCAUUGGAGGAGUAUAUCUGUGCUCAGUAUUUGUGGCUGUAACUUGUCGGUAUUUCCGGUAGAGCUUACUCAUUUGUCACAACUUGAGAAGCUUUAUCUUGAUAACAACAAGCUGACAUUCUUGCCAUCUGAGCUUGGUGAUCUGAGAAGAUUACAAGUGCUCAGAGUUGACAACAACAUGCUUGCGUCAGUACCUGCAGUGGAAUUGAGACAGUGUGUUCAGUUGGUGGAAUUGUCGCUGGAACACAACAGGCUUGUUCGACCUCUUCUAGACUUCAGGGCUAUGGCUGAACUACAAGUCCUUAGGUUAUUUGGAAAUCCUCUUGAGUUUCUUCCUGAAAUUUUACCACUCCACAAACUUCGCCACCUUUCUCUUGCAAAUAUCAGGGUUGUGGCAGAUGAAAAUUUAAGAUCAGUAAAUGUGCAAAUAGAGAUGGAAAACAGUUCUUAUUUUAUUGCAUCUAGGCAUAAGUUAAGUGCCUUCUUCUCUCUUAUAUUCCGAUUUUCUUCUUGUCAUCACCCUUUGCUAGCCUCUGCACUUGCAAAGAUAAUGCAAGAUGAAGGAAAUAGAGUGGUUGUUGGUAAAGAUGAGAAUGCAGUGCGGCAGCUUAUAAGCAUGAUCAGUAGUGAUAACCGUCAUGUGGUUGAGCAAGCUUGUUCUGCUCUUUCUGCUCUUGCCUCAAAUAUUCCUGUUGCAUUGCAACUAAUAAAAUCUGAUGUUAUGCAGCCCAUAGAAUCAGUUCUCAAAUCUAUGGGUCGGGAAGAGGUAAUAUCAGUAUUACAACUUGUGGUGAAGCUGGCAUUUAUAUCUGAUACUGUGGCCGAGAAGAUGUUGACAAAAGAUGUAUUGAAAUCAUUAAAAUGUUUAUGUGCCCGAAAAGAUCCGGAGGUACAAAGGCUUGCUCUGUUGGCUAUUGGGAAUUUGGCCUUUUGUCUGGAGAAUCGGCGCAUUCUUGUUUCUUCUGAAAGCUUGCGAGAGCUUCUCCUGCGACUGACGGUUGGUAUGGAUCCACGUGUGAAUAAAGCUGCAGCUCGUGCUUUGGCAAUUCUUGGAGAAAAUGAAAACCUUCGGCGUGCAAUAAGAGGGAGACAAGUGGCAAAGCAAGGACUUCGCAUACUAUCAAUGGAUGGGGGUGGAAUGAAAGGUCUAGCGACUGUGCAAAUUCUAAAGGAAAUUGAAAAGGGAACUGGAAAGAGAAUACAUGAACUGUUUGAUUUAAUAUGUGGCACAUCAACUGGUGGGAUGCUAGCUGUUGCUCUCGGAAUCAAGUUAAUGACUUUGGAAGAAUGUGAAGAUAUAUACAAAAAUCUUGGAAAACUUGUUUUCGCUGAACCUGUGCCCAAGGAUAAUGAAGCUGCAACUUGGAGAGAGAAGUUAGAUCUACUUUAUAAGACUUCGUCGCAGAGUUUUAGAGUUGUUGUUCAUGGAUCAAAACACAGUGCAGAUCAGUUUGAGAGACUGUUAAAGGAAAUGUGUUCUGAUGAAGAUGGGGAUCUAAUGAUAGACUCUGCUGUGAAAAAUGUGCCGAAAGUUUUUGUUGUAUCAACGUUGGUGAGCAUGAUGCCAGCACAGCCUUUCAUAUUCCGUAAUUAUCAGUAUCCUGCUGGAACACCAGAGGUACCUCUCGCAAGUGCAGAGAAUCCAGGGGCCAAUGUAAUAGGGUCACCUACAACGGGUGCUCAAUUUGGCUACAAGCGCAAUGCUUUUAUUGGAAGUUGUAAGCAUGAAGUGUGGCAAGCUAUCAGAGCCUCAUCUGCUGCCCCUUAUUAUCUUGAUGAUUUCUCAGAUGAUGUCAACCGCUGGCAAGAUGGUGCAAUAGUGGCAAACAAUCCUACAAUUUUUGCUAUCAGAGAAGCACAACUUUUGUGGCCUGACACAAAAAUUGACUGUUUAGUUUCAAUAGGGUGUGGUUCUGUUCCUACGAAGUUGCGGAAAGGUGGUUGGCGGUAUCUAGAUACAGGGCAGGUGUUGAUUGAGAGUGCGUGCUCUGUUGAUCGAGUAGAGGAAGCCUUAAGUACAUUGCUACCUAUGAUUCCUGAGAUACAGUAUUUUCGUUUUAAUCCAGUUGAUGAGCGUUGUGAUAUGGAGCUGGAUGAGACAGAUCCAAUGGUCUGGAAGAAGUUGGAAGUUGCAGUUGAUGAAUAUAUUCUAAAGAAUAACCAAGAAUUUCGAAAUGCCUGUGAGAGACUGCUUCUACCUUUCCAACAUGAAGAGAAGUGGUCAGAGAAUCUUAAAUCUAAAGUGAAGACAAAAGAGGGUGCUAGUGGCCCCACUUUAGGUUGGAGGCGUAAUGUACUACUUGUUGAAGCUUCACAAAGUCCAGAUUCCGGCAGAGCGGUGCACCAUGCCCGGGCACUUGAAUCAUUUUGUGCUCGUAAUGCAAUACGAUUAUCCGUUAUGCAGGGAUUUUCUGGGAAUGUGAAGACAGUGCCAGGAACAUCAUUGCCAACGCCAUUUGCAUCACCUCUGUUUGGAAGCUUUCCAUCAAGUCCACAUGUAUAUAGUCCUGAUAUUGGUCAAAGGAUUGGACGAAUUGAUCUGGUCCCACCUUUAAGUUUAGAUGGUCAACUAGGAAAGGCAGUUGCUUCACCUCCAAUAUCUCCUCGAGGACUUAGACAGCUUUCUCUGCCAGUCCGAUUGUUGCACGAGAAACUGCAGAACUCUCCACAAGUGGGUGUCAUACAUUUGGCUCUUCAGAAUGACUCAGAUGGCUUAAUUAUGAGUUGGCACAAUGAUGUAUUUGUGGUGGCCGAACCUGGAGAGCUUGCUGAAAAAUUUCUCCAGAAUGUAAAAUUCAGUUUAUUGUCAACAAUGAGGAGCCAUCGCAGAAAAGGCGCAUCACUCCUUGCCAAUAUCUCUACUGUUGCUGAUUUAGUUGCUUUCAAGCCUUAUUUCCAAAUUGGAGGCAUUGUUCAUCGUUAUCUAGGCCGUCAAACCAUAGUUAUGGAAGAUGAUGAAGAAAUUGCAUCAUACAUGUUUCGUAGGACAGUCCCCUCUGUGCACGUAACACUUGAUGAUGUUCGAUUGAUGGUUGGAGCAUGGAGAGACAGGAUCAUAAUAUGCACGGGGACUCUGGGACCUGCUUCAACUCUUAUUAAGGCCUUUCUGGACAAUGGUGCCAAAGCUGUGAUAUGUCCAUCAAGUGAACCCAAGGAGUCUCAGAUGACAUCCCUUGAUGGUGCCGGUUGGGAGGUGAAUGUAUCGGAAAAUAGCAAGUUUGAGAUCGGAGAGGAUGAUGCAGAAGAUGAGAACGAACCUGCCAGUCCUCUAAGUGAUUGGGAAGAUAUCGACAAUGAGAAAAAUUUGGACCGGAAUGUUUGCUUUUGGGAGGAUGAUGAGGAAGAAGUGUCACAAUUUGUAUGUCAGUUGUAUGAUUCCUUGUACCGGGAGGGUGCUAGCGUCAAUGUUGCUCUGCAACACGCUCUUUCCUCACAUCGAAGAUUGGGGUAUGUGUGCCAUCUCCCCACCAUACAAUAAUUUGAUUACUUCAUCUUUACAGUCUACACAUAAAUUAGGAAAACAAGAAACAGAAAACAAAACUAGAGGGGGAGAGGGGGAGUUUACGACAGAAAGAUAGGAAGCAAGAGAAGGAACGUGUUUAUAUGAGGGAGUUGCAUUGGAUAUCCAAAUUUUGAGGCUGACUAAUACAUUUAUCUUCUGAUGAUCAUUGAUUUAUGAAAUAGAAAUUGAUUAGUCUA